AAUCGAGGUGCCGGAAUUUCCUUCAGAGAAGCGAGGUAGGCGCGAUAGCCUCCCGCUCGCAGGUGUUCUCCUGCGGAGGUCGCGUCGAUAAAAUACUAGCACAACAACGGCAUUCGCGAUGGUCAGCCUUGGGUCUGGGCUGGCAUAGGCGCGGUGUGGUGCUGGGUGCUGAGUGCUAGGUGGAGCUGGUGGCCUCCUUGGGGCUCGAUUUGUGAAGUCGCCGUCAUCAGGGCAGAACCGUGUCAGUCAACGGUCUACCGCGUUCCGCGUCGGGUGCAGGUGUCGAGCCUGGUUCGCCUCGUUUGUAUCUUCGGAGUACCUAGUGGUGUCGGUUGGGGAACUUCGCGUUUUUCUUCCAGAGGGGAGUCGCGUUUUUUGGGAAGUUUUUCUGCCAAUCUGCUCCCCGGCGGAGCCGUGUUGAUUUUAAUUAAACUUAAUUGCACUGGGAGUUUCUUUUUUUUGCCUAAGGGGGGCGGUGACGACGAGUGUGCAAAUGAAGAUAAUGGGUUGAGUAAUCAAUUUGGGGAGCUAUCGGGCCGACGAGCGGUGAAGAAAGAAGAAAUUUGUGUGCUCAAGUGUCCUUCCAAAGAAGGAUUAAACGAAAAAGUUUUCCUUUCUUCCGGGGAAAAGUUUGCGUUCUUCGCGAAGUGGUUUCAGUGAAGUGAAGUGUUGGAACGAGGUGCAAAAGCGUAUUCCGGCGAUUCAGUAAGUAUGCAAGUGUAAGUAGCGUAGUGAAUCUGUUUAGAUGUUGCUCAGAAAAAGUAUCAUGCAGUGAAGAUUAAUAUCUACCAGCAAUCAAAGUCCUCGCAUAGUUGACUUCUAGCAAGCAAGUGUAGUGUUCCUAAAGCAGUGAUAUCCCCCCCACCGUCGUCGUUGAGAAAAAUCUCCCCCCAAAACGCCACCGAAAAUGAAAAGUGCGAUCCAGUCGUCAACUAAAUGGAGGCGAAGAGCAAGCAGCGCACAUCCACAGUCCUUCCUCAGCCAACCUCGACAGGCCAGCCGCACCAUCAGCUGCUGCAUUCGCCUCCACUGAAACCCCCUGCGGCUGCUGGCUCAACUGUCGCCGCCAGCGUGGGCAAGCGAAAACCUUCGUCCCUUGCCAACCGAGACCAACAACUGCCGGGCAAACCGAAGCAUACGGUCAAGUUUAGGGAACACGGUGACCAGGAAAUCCUUGUGGUAACCGUCGAACCACCUUCCACCCCCACAACAACCGUAAGUCCUCGACCGUCGUCGUCCGCCUGUCAACUGCCGGCGCUUACCACCCCGACGUCGGAAUCCUCGGACCGUCCCGGUACAGCCACAUCCGCGCAACACCACCGGGGAACACCGUAUCCCGGCAAAAGCAAAAGUAGCGCGACAGGCGAUUUAAGACGACAGGAAAAAGCUAACACAACCGUUGAACAUAGCCGGCGGUCCCAGAGUGCAGCCCGGCGGAAGGCGUCUCCGUCGUCGGAGGGCCAGGCGUCCAGUGUCGUCGUCGCCGACCGCCCUGGCCGGCGGCAGCACGGCCAGCGACUUGCGGAAGGAUGCACGACGCUCAUGUACGCCUGCCAGCAGGGACUUACCGAGGAAAUUGUUAAGGAAUUGCGCGAAAAGCCGGACGUAGUCCACCGGCGGGACCGGAACAACCGCGGGGCCCUUCACUACGCCAGCAGCUCGAGGGACAUCGUGGCCGCGGCCAGCGUCGCAAUGGUGGCCCCGGAGCUGAUCGAACAGGCCGAUGAGGACGGGUUCACGCCACUGCACCUGGCCGUCAUCCAGGGCAAUCUGCAGCUGGUCAACCUGCUGCUGGCGAACGGGGCCGACGUGAACGCGCUGGACAACGAGGGCCACUCGGUCGUGCACUGGGCCACAGUAUGCGGCGAAGUGGAAGCCCUCCGGGUAGUGCUAUCAGCCGGUGCCGAUGUAUCCACUCCGGACAUCAACGGGGGCAGCCCGCUGCACUACGCCGCUCAGAUGUGCGGCGCCAACUACGAAGGGAAAACGGCCCGCGCUUCCGCCAAACUGGCCCUGGAAAUCCUCGGCACCCUGCUGAACCAUCCGGACACUUCGGUCGAAGUGGAGGACAAGGAUGGCCGCCAGCCGCUGCUGUGGGCCGCCUCGGCUGGCUCUGCCAAGGCUGUCCUGGCUUUGAUCAAAGCCGGCGCACAGGUCGAAAGUGCAGAUAAGGAUGGACUCACAGCUCUUCACUGUGCCGCUUCACGAGGGCACACGGAAUGUAUAGACACGUUGAUCAAUUUAUGUGGAGCGCACACCGACCAGAUAGAUUCUAAUGGGUGUACGGCGCUGCAUUACUCUGUGACGUUAGGUCAUGCGGACGCUACCUCGCUUUUACUCAAGCUGGACGCAGAUCCAAACCGUCAGGACAGGAAAGGUCGAACUCCGGCGCAUUGUGGCUGUGCGAAAGGACAAAUGGAAACGGUGAAGAUAUUGCAUAUGAAAAAAGGGAACUUGUGGCUGCGGAAUGCGAAAGGGGACUUUCCAGUUCACGACGCUGCCAGUUCUGGAAGGAGGCAGCUGGUACAGUGGCUGCUGCAAAUGAAGCCAAAGCACAUCAACACGCCAAGUAACGAUGGAAGAACACUUUUACACAUAGCGGCAGGACACGAUAACGUGGACAUGUGCAAGCUUUUGCUGGAAUCUGGAGCGGAGAUGAAUCACCUGUACAGACCAGCUAAGGGGUCGCCCAUGACUCCACUUGACUACGCGUUGGCGAAAGGCUUCCGAUCAACGGCAAAGUUUCUCCAGAUGCAAGGAGGUUUGCCGGCGAAUAAGUUACGCAUGUCUAGCCGACAGCAGAAAAUUCUUCCAGACAUAGACAAGGUGGAGCCAUUGAAGCUUACAGAGAAGGAAGAGUUGAUUGAUUUGAAGACUUCCAAGCGAUACGUAGUCUAUAUGAAUUCAAACUCCGAAUCGGAGAGCCAAGAGGAUCGAUCGCACCGAAAAAGUAGGCACAAACGGAAAGGAGGUCACCGAAGUCGUCGUACCAGUAGCUGUAGUGAUACCGUAUUCCUCUACAGGGAAGGCGGGGCAGAUAUAAGUCGAUCCCGAAGCAAUGUCGAACUGAACCGGACACAACAUCACCAUCACAGGCACCACCACCGAAGCAAUAGCUCCUCGUCGGCUUCCAGCAGUGAAACGUCUUCGGAUGAGUGCUGCAAACAUAUCAAACGAAAGCACAAGUGCUACAAGAAGUGUUCAUCCAAGUCGACGAGAUCGAAGGAUCGUUCCCACCGAGAACGGGAUCGUGAUCGAGAAAAGGAACCCAAGGAACCGAAAGAGUACGAGUUCAUGUAUGCGGAGCAACGGGAGACCGGCAAACCGAGAAAGCCAGGCGAACGAAUGGGAAGGAUUGUGCUGAAAGAGGUGCACAGUGGAUCAUCGGAGAACGAAUCGCCGGAAGGUGACAGACGGGGUAGCACAUUAAGGCUAGGCGGAAAAAGCGGUCCAUUAUUGACGGUUCCGCCGGAAGUAAUGGGAAUACUAGACGAACAAUCACUGCCGAAAACACCACCAAAAGCUGAGUUCAACAUCAGGAAGGAGUCGGAUACAAAGAGCGAUGGGAAGUCCUCGGAUACCAGUGUGAAGAAGGUGAAGAAAGGCAAGGGAAAUGGUAAAAAGGGUAAGGCAUCCGGGAAGGCACACGGGAAGAAAACUGAUUCGCCGAGUGAGGAGGAGUCGAAGGACAAACAAAAGAUUGUGACGGAAGCUGUGGUACAUCCAGUUCCGGAGACUAUGGUAAAGUCAACGGAAGACGAUGGAGCUGCUACGGACGCAACGUAUACAAUCGAUCAGAAAACAAAGUCUGAUAACGAGGGGUUUAGCGAAUCCGAGACUACAGAUAAAACAAAAGGGAAGGGAAAGGACAAACCGGAGACAAUAAUGGAAGCGAAGGAUGAGACCGUGCAGGAAGUUUCACCGGCGGUCCCUUUAGAGGUAAAGGAGGAGGUGGUACCGGCUCCAAAAAAGGAACGGCCAAAGCUAAAGUCAAGCAAAGACAGUAGCACCAGCCGAUCGAGCAAAUCCAAGUCGGAUUCGUCGGAGAAGGAGAUGCCAAAGCAAAAGUCCAAGCCGAAAUCGGAAGCAACUCCGGUGGUGGCAGCGCCAACGCCGCCGACACCACCACCACCGCCACCUCCUCCUGAACCGGAAGCAGAAUCACGCGUUGUACCAGAACCGGAGCCUAUUGUUAAGGAAACGUUAAUUGUUUCGGAAUCUUCCAAACAUGAGGAGGAAAAGGCUGUAGAAGCACCGGCUGUAGUGCCAGAGGCUGAACCAGCACCUCCUGUGACGAACGGAGAAGCAGUCGUCCCUCAAGAGCAGCCUGUGGAAGAACCAAAACCGGAGGCGGAACCAAGGCCGGAACCAGAACCAGAACCCCAACCAGAACAUCCAUCGGUUGAAGAGACGCCAACGGAAGAGAAAAGCUCUGAAGUGGAGGAGUCGCCUUCGAAAUCAAGCGAAGAUCAAAUUGAGCAGCAGCCACCAGAACCCGAAGAACCGCCAAAGCCCGAGCCAAGUGGAGAUCAAGUUUUACCUCCGGAGCCACCACCUAUGCCCAAGGAAGACUCCCCAAAAAAGGUUAGUUUCGACAGGGAGCGGCCAAAGCUGAGAAGAUCCGCCGAGUCUAUGGUAGAGCACGUUGAGGAAGAGGAAGUCCGAACGGAAGAAGAUGCUGUUGUACCACUGGCGGUGGCUGCAGCCGUUGACCAGGAAAAGGUCGAUUCGACGCGAAGUUUUUACGUCAGUCUUGCAGACGGGGAAGAAGGCGACGAGAAGAAAAAGCGAAAGCUGAAGAAGCGGAGAUCCAAGGAAGACAAAUUGGAUGAUGAGGCGCAGAGCAGCAAGGAUCAGGACUCCGGGUUUGAACCCAGCCCGCAAUCGGUUCGCAGCAAAUCGUCAGUGUUUGACAGGCCAACGAGUACGGCGGCAGUGUCCAAGAGGCCAGCAUUUACCAUGGUAGAGGAGCGAGCGGUCAGUUCAAGGCCGGAUGGACGGAAACCCGGUGACAAGAAUGCCGUCAACAUGACGACCGUGCAGCAGUCUAUCCAGCGGAACAUUCGGAGAUACUACAUGGAGAGAAAAAUAUUCCAACACCUGCUGGAGCUGAAAAGCCUCCAGAUUCGCUCGACCAAGGUGAACGAGAGUGCCCUGGUGAAGCGGGCCGUCGAUGACUACCACAAGUCGACGAUCGAGCUGGGCUACGAAACGGGCUCCACCUUGAAGCGGUACCCCUACUCGGAGUACUCGUUCAAGAACUUCGAACUGUUCCUGUACGACACGCUGAAAAGCCUGCAGAAGCGCGAGACCUACAACUUCCAGAACAUCUCCGAGGUGUACGACGAGGCGGAGCGUCGAUCCAGUCCGGAUGUAAGCCGCUAUGAACGAGCCCUGAACUGCACCACCAAAACCCAUCGCUGCCUUCAUGCCACCCACGCGUACACCGGUAUCCCUUGUGCAGCCUACAUCCCCAUGAUGAACCACCACACGAUGCCCAAGCUUGGAUUUGGCCCGUACAAAUCGUCGCCCAGUGGCGUUGGGAGCUUUUUCCUGCCGAAAAUCCUCACCAACCCGACGGAUCGGAGCUGCCCCGGGAGUAGUGCCAGCUAUCUGGCACCCAUCGGAAGCGGCGGCAGCGCAAGCAAGGUAGCCCUCGAGUUGACCCACGGUAGCAACAAACAAAUCAUAACACUGCCCUCGGAGAAGCUCGAUAACAAUAAGCGAUACUAUGUAACCUUCACUCUGAACCCUAACGAUAGCAAUGAACCGAAUCCUAGCUCUAGUUUAAGCAAUAGUCAUAGUAAUACCAGUAGUAAAAGUAGAACCGACCCGCCUGAUCCCGGCUCCUCUCGGGAGCCACCAGGCGGUACUGACCAUUUGUUGUUAUCCACAGGGAAGCCCGCGGAAGGUCAGCCUCACCAGCAACAGCAACAGUCCAACACUUUCAGCAACAGCGGCCAGCAACGGCCUCAGCCAGGGCACACUAGUGAUGCCCAGUAUUCUGCCGAACGGCCACAACCGCAUCAGCAACAGCAGCAGCAGUCCCACUCAAGCUCCCUUCCAGCUGUUGUAGAGGAAGACUCCAAUUUGGAGUCCAGUUCGGGGCCGUCCCCGUCGGUGUAGCACAUGAACAGCAAACGGCACUGCCACAACUGUUCCAAACAGUUGUAUUUGAAAUUUGUAUUUCUUUUUUGAAUGGAAAUUGCGGUCUUCUAGACGGAGACACUGUAGUGUUGAGUAUAACUAGGCUUUAUAAAUGUACAUUUGAAUCCAAGCUCUGAAUUGGCGUUUUGAAAUCGUAGAAGCUGUUUCGGGUCGACCUUUGCUGUCGGCCACGAACAGAAAUCGUGCAAUUUGUAGGUGAAUUAUCAAAAAAAGUGAUGUGAAACGUAGAGCUCAAAGUUAGUUUGUUUUGUUCUAUUUUCGGAUUGUCAAAACAUGAUUCUUGUGUAAAUAUGGAAAUAUACAGAUCUCUCUAUACAGUAAUGUUUGGCAAGCCUGGGUCUCACCUGGGGGAGCUAGAUGAUCUUUAAAACAAAAAGGCUGGUGUUUUCAAUUGAUGUUUGGCC